UUGGGCUACUAUCAAACUAAAGUGCGAUGCUGGACUGAUUAUAACCGCAUCACAUAAUCCUAAGGAAGACAAUGGUUACAAGGCUUACUGGAGUAAUGGAGCACAGAUCAUUGGACCCCAUGAUACCGAAAUUGUUCGUAUCGCAGAGGCCGAACCGCAGCCAAAAGAUGAGUACUGGGAUACCGAUUCGUUGUAUAGCAAUCCAAUGCUGAAAUCCGCUGAUGUGACCAUCGAUCCGUACUUCGAAGUUGAAAAAUGCCUCAUCUAUCAUAA